GUUGGCGCCUUCAUUUCUACUUGUGGACGCAAAAAAGGCUUCCUUAUCGUCAGGAUCUAGAGAAAAUCUUCGAGUUUCUCCCUCCGUAAGUCUGCAACGCACAUGCGCUCGUGUGCAGCCAGGCGUCUCUGUUUCCUGUCUCUCCUUCCCGCUGUUUGUGUCGGGUCGCGGAAGUUGAUCCGAACAGUCAUUUACGCCUUCCCGUCAUCUUUUCUUCGCUUAACGGUGCCUGUAGGUUCUAAAUCCGUGAACGUCUUCUACCUUUUCCCAGCCUCCUGCUCCUCCUGCUGGGGUGAUCAAACACGGCAGCGGUCCGCGGAGGUCUGGCUGUUCGCAUGCGAAGAGCUUUUUGCUUCACGGAACGGAGUUCGUUGCUGCGGUGUUUUUUCUGCUUGAAAAGAGAAUCGCGAGAUCCGUCCUGCUAAGUACCUCAGAAAACCAUUAGUUUCUGCACACUGUCUGGCGCGGAUCUGGAAAUCUCAAAAGGGAUUCACCGGGAGGUUCUUUGUUCCCCGGUUCCCGCUCGCCUCUAGCAACGUGAAGAUCCAAGUUGAAUUUGAAUUCCUCGGCUGUCAGCAAGAGUUUGCCGGGCGGCCUGCACCAUGGCGCAGCCGUUGCUUCAAAGUCGCGAGGGGGAAGGCAACGAACGUUAUUACCGGCCGCAGGACAACGGGACGGUAACUGUGCCCGGGAAUUCUGCAACAGAAUCAACUCCAGAGUCGCCAACAUGUGUACAGGUUCCGCCUGCAACGGGUGCCAGGGUUAUCUCGAGUUCCGGCAGCGAUGUGCCUUUGGUUCUCCUCCCGGUGUCUAUGACCCCGGCGGUCGCUCUGAAUCCUGAGGUGCAGUCUGUGGACCUGUACGGGAAUGCGAAGGCUCUCGACAAUGGCCAAGGCUGUUGUUCGUACCUUUGCGUACGCUCGCCUCCACCCUUUGACUGGGUGCCGUUCCUGCACGCAGCUGCCCACCGCAACGCCGCUGUUUCGGCUCGUUCUGGACCCAGCGAAAGUUCUUCUCAGUCUCAAUCGUCCAAUGUCGCGGCGACCCCUCCCUCGUGGUUCGUGGCUGUGCCUCCGGUGGGUACGGGGCCGCCUCUGGGCACUCCGGCCACUCUCUUGACAAUGUUUGGGAACAGCCAGCUGAUUUUUCGAGCAGUUCGCGAGAUCAACCGCGCGCAUUCGUUCUUCUGGCAGAUCGUCAUCUUGUCUCUCGUGUUGCUGAUUCUUUUUCUCCCGGGCCUCGGCCUCAUCUUCGUGCUCUUGAUCGGGUGCUGCUCCAGCCUCCGGAAGGUGCUCGACGACGCGGCGCUGCACCGCAUGCGCCUUGCAUGCGAAACCGUGAACCAUCGCAUGGCUGCCUUCGGCCUCGGCUUCCUGUUGAUGGAGGGUUUCGCUGGGAACGGCCCUGUCGACCUAGAGCAGGGCUCGCUAGCUGGGACCAGUCUCCCUGACAGACGCAUUUGGGUGCUGCGUGUGUACAUGCUCCCGAGGCGAGAAGGGUACACGCCGGCGGCCGCAGCAGCAGCAGCCGCUUCCGCUUCACCUCGACACGCGCCAGCUCCAGCGCAUGCAGAGCACUACGUGCAGGCGGAUGAGGCUCCAGGGAGCCCGGCUUCCGGAACCGAUGCCUGCAACGCAACCGCGGGAACUGAGAGUUGUGCAGAGGAGGCCCCAGCGACGGCGUGUGGAGGCCAAGGAGCGGUUUCUGAGACCCAGAAGCACCGAAAGAAACGCGGGAAAGCGGGCGGAAAAGGAGGGGCAGGAAGAUCCACUGAUGCCGGACAAAGUCUCAAGGAGCCGCUUCUGCCGGAACAGGAAGGAGAAUGAGAAGGCGAUGGCGGUAUGAAGUAGUGACUUGGGUAGAAGGUGGUAAGGAACCACGAGCAAAGGCGAAGGAUUCGAUUGUUCGUCGAUUUCAGUUUAGCUGCAUUCCACAGGAGCUACAAUUUUGGCAGGUGAUUCCUACGCCUAUAUAGACUCUCGUUUCGUGGCCAUCUCAACUACGAGCUGGUCGACUCCGUCCCCGUGGUGGAAGCAUGAUGUGCGGCUACACGCGGGCGGGAGGCGAAAGAAAUGAGGAGAUGCACUCCCUUUUACACAUUUAGAACGGGGCAAUAACUAUGAAUCGGCCGAGAUGGUUCGGCACAUGCACCUCAGAGCGUUGAUGCCACCGAAGCUCUUUGCCCGAUGCAUGUGUGCGAGAGAUCGAUUCGCAGCAUCGACCCGGGGUGUCAUAAGGAUAUGGGUUUCGAGUUUCCACUGCGCGAACACUCGGCGUUUCGAUGCAGAAAGAAUGACCGAUACAACAGGUGUGUAUCCUCAGGGAGAGAGUAGCUGAAAGGUUUCUCUCCGGUAUUCUAAUUUGAGCUGUCGGCUCGAGAAACGACGAAUGCACUUACUAAAAGUGGAUUUGUGUCUGUCAGCGGUACAGGGUUGCGCGUUUCCGCUUAGAGCCCACUUUAUAGACCGAACACGAAUUUGCUCUGGCGAUUGCCGCUGAGUCGUGUCAGAACGUUAGCUGCAAUAGGCCAGUUAUUUUUCCGGGUUUGUUCUGUUCUCACAUCGCUUUUUGUUAAAGUGCGCGUUUCCUCUGUUUGUUGGGGGCCGAAACUGAUAUUACAUGUCUCGUCAGAUCCGACUGCGGUAUGUUUCGCGUUUCCUGUUAACUAAUUAACCCUUUCCGCGCGUGAGCACUCCCGUUGUACCCUGAGGGAUACGGAGGGUGCCACGGUCGCACUGGAGCCAGGAGCAACAACCUGCUUGAGAAAAGAAUUGACUCUCAAGUCGUCUUUAAAUGGUGAUAGAAAGUGGUAGUCGGAUAGAACUUCCCCAAGUCUAAUGACGUCGCCAA